CUUGCAGCAGCGGGGAGAGAGGCAGCAGGGGCCCUGCCUGGGCCAGCCCUUGGCCCACCUGGCCAGCUCCGCCCUGCGCUCCCGCCUCUGCAGCCACAGCCACAGCCUCCUCCUCCUCCUCCUCCUCUUCUCCUGCCUUCCCAGGCAGCAGCAGCAGCAGCAGCAGCAGCAGCAGCAGGGCCUGGCGGGAGGCGGGCGAGGAGGGAGCCACGCUGGGCUUCUGGGACCCCAGGAAGAAGAAGAGGAGGAAGAGGAAGAGGAGGAGGAGGCGGGGAGCCCAUGGGUCCAGCUCCUCUCUGCCAUGGACGACUCAGGGAUCAUCCGGAGGAGGAGGCUCCAGAAGGACCUCCCUUUGCCCAGGAAAAGCAGCAGCUGCCGAACCAGUAACAGAAAGAGCCUGAUCCUGACAAGUACAUCGCCGACGCUGCCCCGGCCUCACUCUCCACUCCCAGGUCACAUUGGUAGCAGCCCCCUAGACAGCCCUCGGAACUUCUCCCCAAAUACACCAGCCCACUUUUCCUUCGCUUCUUCUCGCAGGGCAGAUGGACGGCGUUGGUCUCUGGCUUCUCUGCCCUCAUCUGGAUAUGGAACCAACACGCCCAGCUCCACUGUAUCGUCAUCUUGCUCCUCUCAAGAGCGCCUGCACCAGCUGCCUUAUCAGCCCACUGUGGAUGAGCUGCAUUUCCUUUCCAAGCAUUUUGGCAGCACUGAGAGCAUCACUGAUGAUGAUGGGGGGCGGCGGUCCCCCGCAGUCCGGCCCCGGUCCCGGAGCCUCAGCCCAGGCCGGUCUCCCUCUUCCUAUGACAAUGAGAUAGUAAUGAUGAACCAUGUUUACAAGGAACGAUUCCCCAAGGCCACGGCGCAAAUGGAAGAGAAGCUGAAAGAUUUCAUUAAAAGCUAUGAACCAGACAGUGUAUUACCUUUGGCUGAUGGGGCACUGAGUUUCAUCCACCACCAGGUCAUUGAGUUGGCCCGAGACUGUUUAACCAAGUCCCAAGAAGGUCUCAUCACCACUGUCUACUUCUAUGAGUUGCAGGAAAACAUGGAGAAGCUGCUAAAAGAUGCCUACGAACGUUCAGAGAGUGAGGAGGUGACUUUUGUGACUCAACUAGUAAAGAAGCUGCUUAUUAUCAUCUCGCGUCCAGCACGCCUACUGGAAUGCCUGGAGUUUAAUCCUGAGGAGUUUUACCACCUGUUGGAAGCUGCUGAAGAUCAUGCCAAAGAAGGGCAUCUAGUGAAAACAGACAUCCCUCGCUACAUCAUCAGUCAGCUGGGACUCACCCGAGACCCCUUCCCAGAUGUGCUGUAUGUGGAGGAGCACGAUAGCGGAGGAUCCAACACACCUGACACAGAGGAAUUUGCCGAGAGUCGUGGGACUACUCCAAAGCCAAAAAAGCCACCAGGAGAAGGAGACUUUGAAACUAUCAAACUUAUAAGCAAUGGGGCAUAUGGAGCUGUGUAUUUGGUGCGGCACAAAGAAACCCGGCAACGUUUUGCCAUGAAGAAGAUUAACAAGCAGAACCUCAUCCUGCGUAACCAGAUCCAGCAAGCUUUCGUGGAGCGUGAUAUCCUGACAUUUGCAGAGAAUCCUUUCGUGGUCAGCAUGUUCUGCUCCUUUGAAACCAAGCGCUACCUUUGCAUGGUCAUGGAGUAUGUCGAAGGCGGAGACUGUGCCACAUUGUUGAAGAACAUAGGGGCACUGCCUGUGGAAAUGGCCCGCAUGUACUUUGCUGAGACUGUCCUUGCCCUGGAGUAUCUGCACAACUAUGGCAUUGUCCACCGUGACCUCAAGCCUGACAACCUGCUCAUCACUUCUAUGGGACACAUCAAGUUGACUGACUUUGGUCUUUCCAAGAUGGGGCUGAUGAGCCUCACCACCAAUUUGUAUGAGGGCCACAUUGAGAAGGAUGCCAGGGAGUUCCUAGACAAACAGGUAUGUGGGACCCCAGAAUACAUUGCGCCUGAAGUGAUCCUUCGCCAAGGCUAUGGAAAACCAGUGGACUGGUGGGCCAUGGGCAUCAUCCUGUAUGAGUUCCUGGUGGGCUGCGUGCCUUUCUUUGGAGACACCCCCGAGGAGCUUUUUGGUCAGGUCAUUACCGAUGACAUCUUGUGGCCAGAAGGUGAGGAGGCACUCCCAGCAGAUGCUCAGCAUCUCAUCUCCUGCCUCCUGCAGACCAACCCACUUCUCCGCCUGGGAGCAGGUGGUGCCUAUGAGGUGAAACAGCAUGCAUUUUUCAAAGAUCUGGACUGGAAUGGGCUUCUGAGGCAGAAAGCGGAGUUCAUCCCUCACCUGGAGUCUGAAGAAGACACCAGCUACUUUGACACUCGCUCCGAUCGUUACCACCAUAUUAACUCAUAUGAUGAUGAUGACACGACUGAAGAUGAACCUGUGGAGAUACGACAGUUUUCAUCUUGCUCUCCCAGAUUCAGCAAGGUGUACAGCAGCAUGGAGCACCUAUCCCAGCAUGAGCAGAAGACUCCCAGCGUCACCAAGCGGGAUCAGAGCAACAAGCACAAGGACGAGAAGCUAAGCAAAAGGGAAAGCCUGGGCAGUUUCACUCUUCGAGACAAGAGCUGGCGCACCAACUCCCCAGAAAUGAAGCGUCUCUCUGCCUCAGAGUCUUCAUACACGGAGAGUGAUUCAAGCCCUCCACUGGGUGCACGCCGGCGUUUUUCUGCCCUGAUGGACACCAACCGUUUUGCUGUGCCACUAGAAAGUGAGAAUGAGACCCUUGGCAAGGGAACCAUGAAGGCUCCCACAGAAAAUGGGCCCAUGGCACCCUCAUCCCAGGCUGAAAACAAGGAGACCAAAGAGGGAGCAACAGGAGAAACUGGACAGUGUCCCACCCCUGUGGAGACUGACAUAGGCGAUAAAUCAAAAGCGGGUGAGCUACAGCCCCCAAAGGAGCUGGACCCAUCAGCCCCCAAAGCUACCAAUGACUUGGUGCUGCGUCGGGCCCGGCACCAACAGCUCUCAGGGGACUCCACGGCUGAGAAGCGCAGCUCCCGCACAGGGGGCAAGGUCAUCAAAUCUGCCUCAGCUACUGCGCUGUCCGUCAUUAUCCCCACAGUGGAACAGCACAGCAGCCCAUUGGCCAGUCCAAUGUCCCCCCGUUCGCUCUCAUCCAACCCUUCAUCCCGGGAUUCCUCACCAUCACGGGACUAUUCUCCAGCUGUAACUAUCCUCCGCUCACCCAUUACUAUCCAGCGUUCGGGGAAGAAGUAUGGUUUUACAUUGCGCGCCAUCCGGGUGUACAUGGGUGACAGUGAUGUCUAUAGCGUGCACCAUAUUGUCUGGCAUGUGGAGGAAGGAGGCCCAGCCCAUGAGGCAGGCUUAUGUGCUGGAGACCUCAUCACCCACGUCAAUGGAGAGCCAGUACAUGGGUUGGUGCACACUGAGGUGGUGGAACUCAUCCUGAAGAGCGGAAACAAAGUGAUGGUGACUACUACACCUUUUGAGAACACUUCCAUCCGCAUUGGACCAGCUCGCAAGAGCAGCUACAAGUCCAAGAUGGCCAGGAGGAACAAACGGAGCACUACCAAGGAAGGCCAGGAGAGUAAGAAGCGCAGCUCCCUGUUCCGCAAGAUCACCAAGCAGUCAAACCUGCUGCACACCAGCCGCAGCUUGUCAUCCCUGAACCGCUCACUCUCCUCCAGUGACAGCUUGCCUGGUUCACCCACCCAUGGCUUGAGUGCCCGUUCACCCACUCAGAGCCUGCGCUCCACACCAGACUCUGCCUACCUAGGUGCCUCUUCGCAAAGCAGUUCCCCAGCCUCCAGCACACCCAACUCACCAGCCACUUCAUCCCACCACAUGCGACCCAGUACGCUGCAUGGCCUGUCUCCCAAACUACAUCGCCAGUAUCGCUCUGCUCGCUGCAAGUCAGCCGGAAACAUCCCCCUCUCGCCCCUGGCACACACACCUUCCCCCACACAGUCCUCACCACCGCCGUUGCCCGGGCACACUGUGGGCAGUUCCAACACCACACAGAGCUUCCCAGCUAAGCUCCACUCCUCGCCGCCUGUGGUGCGUCCCCGUCCAAAGAGCGCCGAGCCACCUCGCUCUCCACUCCUGAAGCGGGUACAGUCAGCUGAGAAACUCGGCUCCCCACUCAGCUCUGAGAAGAAGGUGGUGGUGAGGAAGCACAGCCUGGAGGUGGUGCACUCUGAAUAUCGCAAAGACUUCUAUGGUGAGCCUGGUCUCCACAGCCUGGCCGAGUCAGAUGGUGAGAGCCCCAGUGAAUCGGGGACUCCCAAGCCACUGGCAACCCGGCGCCUGGGCCGGCAGGAAUCCCCACUUAGUUUUGGGGUAGGAGAUGGGGAAGCAAGUGCUGCUGAGACCAGUAUCAAGACAAGGGCACAAGAAUCUCUGGCUGGGGACUGCCGACGGAGUCAAGCAGUGCAGACAGAGGAGGCUUUUGCAGGAGCAAAUCGAGCCCUGGCGAAGGCCCUGAGCCCCGUUCAAGAGCACGAGCAAGGACGGAAAGGCAGUGGGGAGGCAGAGCUGGUCCCACAGGGGCCUGUCCCUAUCGUGCUGGAGCCCAAGGAAAGCCAGGAGCCCAACACUCCAAGGAAGCCCACCUUAGAGCACCCCCAGGACAAGGCUGGCUCACCCAAGGAGAAAUGGAUCCUGGAAGUGGUGGAAGAGCACACCACUCUGGGAACCUGCGCCAAGACCCCCAGUUGCUUGUGCCCAGAAGGAACCAAGAAUGGACUGAAGCGAGGUUCAACAGAAGCCAAGGGGAAACGGGCAAAAGAAGAGGUGCCUGUAUUGGGGUCAGGGAGCAAGUGUGCAGGGGACACCCUUCGGCCCUCACCACCUACACUGGAAAAAAAGGGGGCAGCACACUGAAGGUUUGCCUUUCUCACUGUACUAGCCACCAGGACCAUAGUCCCAAAAUGCCAACCCUGUCUUUGCCUUCCAAUCUCAGUGGUGGUGGCUGUGGCAGUGGCAGUGGCAGUGGCAGCAGCAGAGGGGGGUAGGGUUGCGAGGUCCCUACCCCACCAAAACUGGAGAGGAUUGGUCCUUAAAGUUCCCUGUAAAUAUGAAGGGCAGAGGCAAUGAUAUCUCCCCUGUCCCCUGGCAAUCGUCCCUCUCCCACCUACAAAUGGCAUAUCCGGUGGUUAGGCCAUGUAAAGUAUCUAUACAUAACUCUCGCUAUAUAUAUUAUAUUAUAUUAUUUAUAUAAAUAUAUAUAUAUAUAUAUAUAUGAGCAAGACUACUCUAUACAUGAAAAGGUUAAUACUGUGAUCACACCCAUCCAAAAAUCUACUCCCCAUGCUUCAGGUUACUCCUUGAAGUAUGUUGGGGGGUUUUUAAGAUGGGGGAAUGGAUGUGUAGAGGAAAAAUUACUAAAACUGGAACACAUAUACCAAGUUAAGUUUGAAUGCAGAAGAUUUUGCUGAAUUCACAAAGUGCAAAAAGCAAAAACCAAUAAACCCCAGUUGUAAUUCUUGUUGCAUCUGGAUCGUUGCAUGCAAGGUUUGCAUGCAAAAGGGGGUGUUCAGCUCUUCAUGCAAAUUUGUCAUUGAUCAAUUGAGAUCAGGAUGUAGCAGUCCAGGGAGGUGACAGGUUAACUCUUGUGGCAUUACCAGGCUGGUAUCACAGCAGCUGCAAACAAACAAGCUCCACUUUUCACAACCAAAGUCAGGCCACACCCUGCUUUGCUCAUAGCAAAUGUGGCAAGCAAGUUAAUUUUUUCUCUUUGUAUUUAGUGAGAUGAGGAGCAGAAUACUUGAAUUUGUUAUUUUGUUUUUCUAAUUGCAUCCUUCAAGUGAGCCAUUUAAACACUGGAUAUAACUUUCUAGCAAAGUAAAUUGCUCCUCUGUCAGUUCCCAGGAUUGUAAACCUUUAUUGGCUAAAUCAGAGCUAAGCUGUGAUAGUACUUCAAGGGGGGGAGGAGGGAGGAAUUCUACCAGAGGCUGCCUUAACCAGAAAUCAAGAUGGAUGUGGUCCUCGCAGGUGGGAUACAAUGAAAAGGGGAGAUGGAGAGAUCUGGCCCAAGGAACAACAUGUCAAGCCCAGUCGCAAUGGGAUUUGUACUGGAGAGCUCCACAGGGGAGUGCAUGCUGUCUGAAGUAAUGGAAGGGUGAUGCCAUGUGGAUUUUCCACUUCCGGCACCAAAAUGCCUUCAGUUGGCCUUUACACAGGUUUUGCAAGUAGGCAGGUUUGAUCCUUGGCACCCCCAAUUAAAAGGAAUCAGGUAGCAGAUAUGAGAAGUGUCCUUCUCUGAGACUGUGGAGAUGUGCGGCCAGUAGAAGGUCUUUCACCAGAUUAACAGUGUGGCCUGGUAUAAGGCAACUACCUAAGAGGGAAACUGGACCUUAUGACAUACGAAUUUUUACAAUCGAGUGUCUAUCAGGCACAACCCUAUGCAGAUUUGCAGUCUUUGUGAACAGGCUGUCCUUAGACUGUGAUGUUACUAUUGAAAGACUUCAUUGAUGAUUUUUAAAGGUAAAGGUUGCAAUACUGCAGCCUGAACUCAUGGUGGAGCACAACCUGGAAGUGCAUUGCAACUCCAUUUUAGAGGAGAAAGCCAUUUUCCAGAAUCUUAGUUAUUUUAAAAAAAAUAUUUCCCACUCGUUUUGUUUUGUUUGGAGAGCUUGAAGGAGCCUGCCUAGACUAUUCCAUGUUCUCCCAGAAGAAGCCCAAGUAGAGCAGCUGUGAACAGGGGCGUAGCAUCAGACCUGCCACACAAGAUGAGCCCCCCUUAGCCAUUUGGUGUGUGCUUGAUCUUUAAUAUGUAUAGCUACUGUAACAGACUUUAGUCCACUUGGCUCUUGCACUUUGGUGGCUAGAACGUAGACCAGAAGGGAGGGUGAAAGCACACUUCAUAGACGGCAGCCUGCAAUAAAGAGGUGUCUAUGGCAGAUACAAUAUGGCUAGCACCAUUGUCAGACAGUGGUUGAGUUGGCAGCAUCUGCAGCAGAUAGCUAUUCUCUUCCAGCUAUCACUUGAUCAAAACACAUGAGGCCUGCUGUGCUGCCAAGUCAUGCUUUUGUUUCAUUAAUCUUUGCAGACAGUGAUGUCAUGCAUCAUAGUGCUGCAAGUUGUCAAGAUCACUGUGGUAUCUGUCUAGGUGUGCAGCCACGAUCUUAGAGCAAGUCUACUGUUAUUAGGCAGUUCAGUCCACUGUGCUGAGGUUGUUAGGUUUCGAAAGGCUGAGAUUCCCAGAUUCAGAGUAGAGCCUGGUGAACUGGUGAAGAGUAGGGCGCCUUCGGCUGCUCAGUCUGCUUUUCAACCCUUGCCUAAAUGUUACAAAUAUAGGGGAAGGAUUUUUCCACUAGAGGUCCUGUUGAGCCUGAAAAAUCUAAGAAAGGAGCUAAAAUCUCAGAAAUAUUUGGGUGACAUUGUUGUAUCUAUUAUUAUAUAUAGCUAUGACUUUAUUCAUUUAUAUCCCACCUUUCUCCCAUGGGACCAUUGAACCCAGAGACUUGGUGACCCUACCACAAAUGGUAAAAUCACAUCAUACCCAUUAGGGUUAAAGCAAAUGUGGUCUUGAUGGCAACAUCUCAAAACAACAGAUCCAGUUUUUGCUUGGCCCAGGCACCAGUCUCUCCUUCCUCACCAGUGCUUUCCCAACCAGUUGUCUCUGAAAGUAGAGGAACACUCUAUGCAAUCAUUAGCUGAUCGGUAAAGGAUUUUUUCCCCUUCUCUUCCCCCCACCCUCCAAAUUUCUUUUCUAUUAUCCUGCCCUUGUUAACCCAUCCAUCACGAUAAAACCUGCUUGUUUUCUUGAAGAGAGCUGGAUCUUUGCCACUGGAAUAUAAUACCAUCCAAGGAGACCUCGCAACCCUGGCCAUCAGGGUCUUGAAUCAUCUUUACCUGCUGGCUUGAGUGCAAAAUUGUGUUGUAAAGCACCCAGCAAACCCCGGUUUUGGGCAAGUGGGAUGUGUUCGGCUUGGUGGGGCUCAAGCUGCAUGGGCUGGGUUGGCUGGCCCAUAUUCUUUCAUUCUCUACAAACCUGAGAUCUAGUUCAGUGGGUAGGCAUUGCAUUUGCUGUAGGUGUGGCUUCAAAAGCAGCAAACAAGUGUUUUUGAGUGCCAUAACUCCUAAACUGUGAUGGGGCAGAUGGACCUAGCGAACACGAGUUGGGAGAACAUUUUAUCUACAAGAUUCCUUUUCUUCCCCAGUUUGGAGCCGGCAAAGGCCAUAGUCACAACAGAAGUCACUUGGAAAGCAGGAGGAAAACCCCAGUCACUGCAAGCUCUCGCCCAAGUCUGCGUACCUUGCAAAGGAGAGCGUUAUACAAGUAUUCUGACAUGCAUGAGUGCUUGGUGAAACUCCCCAUAUUCCUGUCAUUUCAGUGAAGGUAUUGCCCACUUCCCACCACACACACAUAAAGGAAGUGGGCAGCCACAUAAUCUCUUUGCAGAGGUGUCUUCUGGGCCAUCCAAUCUGUCUCCUGAUCUUAUUAAGGCAGACACAUUGUCAUGUUAAUAAACCAACCUGUACAGCA